ACAGACAGACAGACAGAGAGAGGCUGUGGUGGGUGAGGAUGCUGUGCUGGUGCUGAGUUGGGAAGUGUUUGCUGACUGGUCUCCGGGGCUGGUUUGCAGCCAUGUCCUACGAGAGCCGUGAGCUGGUGUUUCACUACCUGUAUUACCGUGUGUCCCGGCACGGCUAUGUGUGGGAGGAGGCUCUGGGCAGCGCUGCCGACUCCCCGCACACCAGCACCCCCCCGGCCCCGGCCCCGGCCCCCGCCCCCGCCUCGGCCGCCCUGGAGAAGCUGCACCGUGUCCUGCGGGAGGUGGGCGACAGCUUCGAGCGGCAGUACCAGCAGGAGUUCGCCGACAUCGCGCUGCAGAUGCGCUUUGAGCCGGACGGCGCCCGCAGCCGCUUCGACGCUGUGGCCGAGGAGCUGUUCCGAGAUGGGAUCAACUGGGGCCGCAUCGUGGCUUUCUUCGUCUUCGGCGGCACCUUGUGCGUGGAGAGCUGCAAGAGGAGGGACAUGGCCCCGCUGGUGGACAGCAUCGCCGCCUGGAUGACCGCCUACCUGGACAGCAGCCUGGCCAACUGGAUCAGCGCCAAUGGAGACUGGGAUGCCUUUGUGGAACUUUAUGGGAACAACGCGCAUCGCUUCUUUGACAUCCCGUUGCCACAUCUUUGGACUGCCUUGGCUUUUGCAGCUGUGGUGACUUGUGUAACAAUUGCUUAUCUGGCCCACCAGUAUUAAUAAUCAAUAUUCUGAGUUUCUUUUAGAGCUGCUUGUAAAUGUGUUCUUAGGCUGCUUUCAUGUUACAGACUGGUUGUUUUAAAUCUAAUGGGACCAAAUUCAUCAGCCGUAGAAAUAUCCUGUAUAUUCAUUCAGAUAUCCCAGGAGUGUUUUUUUGGGGAGGAGAAGGGGUUUGUGUUGAGUUGUCUGUUGACAAUGUUCGUGUGAAGCAAAUUUUAAGAGUACAUUUCACGGGAGGUGAACUGUUCUGAUACUAGCUAGUUUCAUGGUGUGUGGCUACAAGACAGUGGUGCAGUGCGACAAGGAGUGGGGAUUUUACAUUUACAUUUUUUACAUUUUGUCAAUCCAUCAAACCACAGAUCUGUAAAUAUCGUCAGGAUUCCAAGGCUGCCCCUGUCGUGCCACUCACUCCCAUCACCUUUUGUAAUGCUGUCUGAACAGCCAUGUAAAUAAUAAUCCUUGCAUUUGUACUAUAUGCAGCAUGAUAGUGCUUGCUAUAGUACAGCCAUGUGCUGUAUACAGUGCAUGAUAUAGGACUUAACUUGAUUAAGAUAUCAAAUGGCGGGAGCUGCAGCCAAGUAGCCAUGUUAACUGACAGCCCCUCAACGAAGGUGUGGGUGGGGUGUUUGUGCUGCAUUUUCAUUUAAUUUUUGUAUAUUACUUUGGGAAUGAUCCGUGACAUCCAAGACUUGGCCAUUAUACAGAAAGUCUUGAAGAGCGUGAUGCUGAGCAAAAGACGCUUUAUUUCUGAUUUUAUUAGUCUUGCAACUGAUCAGUAGGAAGUUGUUUGAGGCAUAUUUGUUAUAUAUUUGUUAUUGUGACCUGAGCACUUGGGUUGAGAUGGACUGUAUUUCUAUACUGAAUCAGGUGGGACACGAAUGUUGGAAAAAGCAGGAGAAAAAACAGUGACGUUCAUCAGUUUGAGCCUAUAUUGGCACUUAAAGAACCAAACACAUACAAAUAAACAAUUGCUCAGGUAACCUUGCUUUUGUUACCAAUUGUUGACACUGAAUAAGACAGCUAAAUUGACUUCCCAGUGUCUAUUCUGACUGCACCAGAUUCUAAAGGUUAUUUUAUGAAAGCAUAUUUAAUGUUUCUAGCUGUUCUGUGGAAAAAAAGUUCAUUUAAUGUUACUUAAGAUGUUGUUGCUGUUGUAGGCGAGAGCUUUUUUUUAAAAAAGAAAUCCAGAAAAUGGAUUUUCCGCCUAGUGUUCUAUAAACGCUUAAUAAAGAUUUGUUUAAUUUUUAUUUAAAGUUUACAAUUCUUCUUAAAGUUAAAAAGGCAUUGCUGCUAUUAGUUAAGUCCUGUCAGAUAAUUGAUCAAUUUGUAGACACCGGUGUAUACCAAAGGGCAUUUCUGCAGUUAGUUUUGCAUUAUGUGAUCAUUCCAGUGGCAUAAGUCUCUUUAUCAUAAUCAGCUCAAGAAAAGUGCCUCAGAAUGUAUUGAAAAGGCUUUGCAAAUUUCUGCUUUCAAGUGAACUCUGGACAUUCUCACCCAGAAUGACGUCAGGUUGGUAGAUGGUGACUUUCUCCUGUGAGAAAUACUACAUCAGCGAAAUAUGGAAGCUCCGACUGAUCUGUGUGCGAUGCUCGUUCAUGGAUCGAUUCUUCAAGAUGAGCUGCUUGGAAUCUCUGACGUGGUUGAAAUGUCUCCUGUUUCUACAAAUGGUAAAAGCUGCUCUUCUAUUUUUCGUGCUCUCCAGCUUGAAGAUUUGCUUCUAAUUCACCCACCCGAAACCAAAGGCUGAAAUAUAAGGUUACAAUUGCAGCAGUGCUCCAUCUGCUAAUGAGGACAGACUUCAACCUACCAGCAUUUCAUAAAAGACAACGUGAAUGUAACAUGAAGGAAAGAGCACAACUGAAACUGGGAGUAAGCUAACAGUAUUGUCAUAUUUUCCGUGAUUAUAAAGGGCUAUGAGCGGAAAAUAAGCACAUUGUAGAAAAUGAUGACCCAUGUCAUUUUAUACGGAUGUGAAAAAAGAGUAAGGAUUGUAUUGGAUAUAAUGUAUGUGUUUGUGCACCUUGGUGGGCACUCUAGCGUGUGAUUUCUGUUACAAUGGAAACUCUCCAGUCAUCUUAGCAGCUGUGCUUUGUGUCCUAGGUGUAAUAUUUCUAUGACUUAUUGUUGAUUUUAUAAUGUGUGUGUACUCACUGCUACAUGCACUUUGUCACCGUGGUGAUACUCAUUUAGAUGUUAAAAGUACAAAAGGUGGGGUGGUGGGAGAAGAGAGGAAAGGAAGGAAGAACAGUUUAAUUGGAAAUCCACAUAACCAACUGUAUGCAAGCCUAAAUUUUAAAAAUAUAGAGUUUCCAACUGAAAACAUCAUUCAGCUUGGGGCUAAAGGAUGUGGGAGGGUUCUGUGAUUGGCUGUUUAUAAAGUCUUUGUGUGUUCAAUAAAUCAGUUUUAGUGAA